AUGUCUCCUCGUAGAUCAGCACGUAUUGCUGCAAAGGAAAUAUCUAAUACGAAAUCUUACAAAGAAGAUAGUGAAAGUGAUGACCAGAUAACAGAUACUGUCAGUAAAAUUACUAAUAAAAGAAGAAAAAAAAAAGAAGUAAUCGAUAAAUCUACUGAUAUUACCUCCAAAGGAAAAAAAUCAAAGAAAAAUGCAUCUAUCGAGGUUAUAAUCGAUAAUGAAACAUCAAACAUAAGUCAAGAGUUUUCAGCUAAGACUAAAGAAACAUCAAAUACAAAAAAAGAUUCUUCGAUCGAGAAUUUUAAUAACGAAUUAAAUAUUAUUUCCAACUCAAAAUUUGUUGAUAAGGGAAAGUCAAAAGAAAUUGUUCACCACUCUGAUGGAAGUACGAGCGUUUUUGAAGCUAUAGAUACCGAAUGGUUACAACUUAAUAAAUAUGAACAGCAUCCCAAUACUCAUAGUAUACAUGAAGACGACGUAGAUGAAAACAAUAGUGACAAUAGUGACGAAUGGGAGGAAGUUGAUUUGUCGCAAUAUAGCAAUAUUACAUCGGAUUUAUCUGAUUUGCAAGUUAGUUCAAUUCCGAAUGAGACAAUUGAAAUCAUCUUCAAAGCUCCCAAGAUUGAAUACAAACCAAAGGGGAUCACUAAAAUAGAAAGAGCCAUACGACAAAAUAUUCAUAAAACUCAUUUGCUAACACUUCUUACUCAUGGUAUAAUUAGAAAUCAAUGGUGUAAUGACGAUUUAAUAAAGGCUAUAGCUUGUUCAUUAAUUGAACGUGAUAUGUUAGCUCUUUUUGAUCAAGUUUUACAUUCUAGAGGGAGAUUUACGCUAAUUACAGCAUUAGAAGAGUUGGUUAGAUGGUGGAAAUCAUAUUUUAAAAUCACGAAACCUGGAAUCCGUUCAUGGGAUUGUCAUAACGUUGGAAAUAAUGGUAAUAAUAAGAUUGAUGAAUCAUUUUAUGAAUAUCACCCUUCAAUCGAUUCUUUUCGCAAAAGCCUUCAAGACGGUAACGGAAGUUGCGAUACAUCCGUACAAUUAUUUGUUGCUUUAUUAAGGUCUUUGGGAAUUCCUGCUCGUUUGGUGUUUUCUUUACAAGUUGUCACAUUCAAGGUUACGCGAGUGAAUGAUUCAUCUCAAAAAAAUACUGAAAAAAAUACUGAAAAAGAUACUGAAAAAUCAAAGAAAAAAGAUGUGCAUGAUGAUAAUAAUGUUCAGAGAAUACUCGGUCUUGGAAAAUUCAAAAUGUCUCAUAGAGUUAAAAAUAAUGAUGAUAAACAGAAAAUCAAUCCAGAUGAUGAUUAUGUUCCUACUGUUAAAAAGAGGCCCGCUGUUCGUUCUCGCAGAUCACAGAGCACCUCUAACAAUAUACCAACGAAAUUAUCUAGUCGCUAUGUAUUUGAUCCUGAUUCUACUCCAAUUUUCUGGUGCGAAGUAUAUUACGCGACUCAAAAAAAAUGGAUAUGCGUUGAUCCGAUUCGCGCUCGAGUUAAUGCUCCAAAAUCACUGGAACCUCCUUCAACUGAAAAAGAUAAUGUUAUGGCAUAUGUUGUUGCUUACGAAGAAGAUGGUUAUUUAAAGGAUGUUACUCGUCGAUAUGCGACACAAUGGGGUGCUCGAACGCGUAAGUUACGCAUACCUGGCAAAGACGGGCAAAAUUGGUGGGAUGAAACAUUGGUGUAUUUUGCUCGUCCGUGUGAGAGGGAGCAAGAUAAAAUUGAAGACUCUAGUUUACAUAGCAUGGAAAUCUCUGAACGUAUUCCUACAACUAUUAGUCAUUUUCUUAAUCAUCCGCUAUAUGCUCUCGAGCGUCAUUUAAAGAAAUUUGAAAUUAUUUUCCCAACAACACCAAUUAUCGGACAUAUCAAAGGCGAACCAAUCUAUCCGCGAAAGAAUGUCAAGCAGUUACAUACUGUUGAAACAUGGUUGAGAGAAGGUCGUCAAGAAGGGCAACAACCGGUUAAAUAUGUGAAAUCCCGUGUAUUUACUUUGGCGAAACGUCGAGCAGCAAAUAUGGCAGAUUUAUUUAAUCAGGAACCUCCGGAAUCAGCUCUUUACGUUCCGAAAAAUCAGUUUGGGAAUGUUAAUAUGUUUAAACCAAGCAUGUGUCCUCUUGGUGGUGUCCAUAUUCCUAUAAACGGUAUAGGAAAAAUCGCAAAAAAACUUGGUAUUGAUUAUGGCGAUGCUGUGGUUGGCUUUGAUUUCCAAGCACGUCGAUGUAUACCUGUUGUAAAUGGAAUUGUUGUUCCUGAGGAACAUAGUGAAAUAUUAAUUGAGGCAUGGAGGGAACAUUCAGAGAGCGUAGCAGCAGCAAACGAAGCAAAAAGGCAAAAAGAAGUAUUAGCUCGAUGGAGAAAAUUAAUAACUAGAUUACAAAUACGACAAAGAUUACAAGAAGCAUAUGGAAAAGAGGAAAUUUUAGUUGAAGAAGAUGAAGAUGAAGAAAAUGAGUUGUACCAUGGAGACACGGACGAAGAAAAAGAAUCUAGUCAUAGUGUUGAUAAUUUUGUCACUAAUUUUAAUAAUAACGAUGAAGAAUCUUCUAGUUCAGAAAAUGAUUUAGACGAAACCUAUACUAACAAUAAUUCGAAUAAUGAUAAUGUCGCUACAAAUUUAAAUGAUCAUGAUACAGAGCGCGAUUCAGAUGUAAUAAUGGACACUAACGAUGAUAAUAAUAGUAGUUACAAUGACACUGAAGGAGGGUUUAUAUUCGAAGAGAGUGAGGGUGACAUUUUAACCGAAUGUACAAAAUUUAAAGAGGAUAACAUAAAUAUGGAAGAAAUCAGCAAUGAUUAUACUCAUUACGAUACACAAGGUGGAUUUUUGCUUGAAUAA